AUGAUGGCGGCCGGGAGGCGCCGGCGCAGGCCGUUCCCGCCGGCCGCGGAGGAUCUGGGCCGCCCCCGGGGAAACGAAGGCCGAAUGCAGAGGGCAAACUCGCGAGUGGCCACCUCGCUGGGCUUCCAGACAGCCCAGCGUUUUGCAGCAGUUGGCGCCGAGCUUUACGGCCGGCGGAAGUCCCUUUGGAAGUGGGAGAGGGCGGGCCCCGCGCCCCGCUACGAAGCGGCAGUCGGGUUUCUGUGUUUGGACUGUGAGGCGCGGGCUGGGGGCGGAGCCACGGCGCUGGGGCCCGACGUGGGGGGCGAGGGCGCCUGGGGCCGGCGGGACGACGCUCGGCUGGCGCUCUGCGGGCUGCGGGCGGCGGCAGAUUUCGCCGAGCGGGUGGGCCGUGAGAUUGUUAGACUGCGCUGA